AGCCUCGGCGACACCUCGGAAGGGACGAAGUUGGUGUGCAAGUCUCGAUCCCGUGGGUGGAGGUCACACUUGUGAGCGCGGGGCUCAGAGAUGGAGCCCUGGUCCUCUGGGUGGAAAACGAAGCGGUGGCGCUGGGAUUUCACCAUAACGACCCUCGCCUUGACUUUCCUCUUCCAAGCCAGAGAGGUCAGAGGAGCUGCUCCAGUUGAUGUACUAAAAGCACUAGAUUUUCACAAUUCUCCAGAGGGAAUAUCAAAAACAACAGGAUUUUGCACAAACAGAAAGAAUUCUAAAGGCUCAGAUGCUGCUUACAGAGUUUCAAAGCUAGCACAAAUUAGUGCUCCAACAAAACAGCUCUUUCCAGGUGCAACUUUUCCAGAAGAUUUUUCAAUAUUAUUUACAGUAAAACCCAAAAAAGGAAUUCAGUCUUUUCUUUUAUCUAUAUAUAAUGAGCAUGGUAUUCAGCAAGUUGGUGUUGAGGUUGGGAGAUCACCAGUUUUUCUGUUUGAAGACCACACUGGAAAGCCUGCCCCAGAAGACUAUCCCCUCUUCAGAACUGUUAACAUUGCUGAUGGGCAGUGGCAUCGGGUAGCAAUCAGUGUGGAGAAGAAAACUGUGACAAUGAUUGUUGAUUGUAAGAAGAAAACCACAAAACCACUUGACAGAAGUGAAAGAUCAAUUGUGGAUACCAAUGGAAUCACGGUUUUUGGAACAAGGAUUUUGGAUGAAGAAGUUUUUGAG